GGCGCCCUCCUCGCCCGGGCCGGAGAGAGCACGGAGCGCCGGGUGAGGGGGAGCCUCGCGGCAGGCGUGCGCGGAGCAGUGAGAUCACCGGCGUUAUAAAUAUCCCGGUGCCAGCGCCGAGAUCCGUUCGGGUGGCCUCUCUCUCUCUCUCUCCCCUGCUUCACUCUCUCUCUCUCCCCCCCACCCCCCCGAGGCUAUGUCCACCCGGCGCGGCGAGGGGGGCAGCGCCAGAGGCACACAGCCGCGCGGGGGCUACGGAGCCCAGAGCCACCGGCCCCGCAAGAUGCACUUCGGACCCCCGCGGCUGGAAGCAUGAGCUUGUCCUUCCUCCUCCUCUUCCUCAGCCACCUGACCCUCAGCGCCUGGGCUCACGGGGGGAAGCGCCUGGUCCCCAAAGGGCACCUCGGACCGGCUGCGGCGGCGGAGAAGGUCCCGGGAGGCUCCCGAGGCCGCCGGAACGGCAGCAGCAGCAGCAGCAGCAGCGCGCCGCCCUCCUCCGCCUCCUCCCCCGCGACCUCCCCCCCGGGCGGCCCGGGCAGCGGCGCCGAGCAGAGCGGCUUCCAGUGGACGCCCUCCGGCCGCCGCACCGGCAGCCUCUACUGCAGGGUGGGCAUCGGCUUCCAUCUGCAGAUCUACCCGGAUGGCAAAGUCAACGGCUCCCACGAAGCCAAUAUGCUAAGUAUUUUGGAAAUAUUUGCUGUGUCUCAGGGGAUUGUAGGAAUACGAGGAGUUUUCAGCAACAAAUUUUUAGCGAUGUCAAAAAAAGGAAAACUCCAUGCAAGUGCCAAAUUUACAGAUGACUGCAAGUUCAGGGAGCGAUUUCAAGAAAACAGCUAUAACACCUAUGCCUCAGCAAUACACAGAACUGAGAACACGGGACGUGAGUGGUACGUGGCCCUGAACAAGAGAGGGAAAGCGAAACGAGGCUGCAGCCCCAGGGUGAAACCCCAGCACAUCUCUACCCACUUCCUGCCGAGAUUCAAGCAGUCUGAGCAGCCAGAACUCUCUUUCACAGUCACUGUUCCUGAGAAGAAGAAGCCACCUAAUCCCGUCAAGCCAAAGGUCCCGGCCCUUUCUGCACCCCGGAAAAGUCCCAACACCGUGAAAUACAGACUCAAGUUUCGUUUUGGAUAAUGUUCACGUUGGCCUUGUGAGAAGCCACAGGCCCCCCUCAGGAGUCUCCAUAGGUGUCUUUAUGGCGCUGGAGAAUCACUUGGACACAGCUUCAGCUCCACUCCACAAAGUCAGGGCAUUUGUUUCAGUGGGACUGAGACAAAAAUGUUUGCUGGUAGGAACUGAACUGGCAUUAUGGAUACAGGGAGCACACUGCCUCAGUUCAGUAAGACAUGAAGCUUUUUGCUUUAUGUAUAGUGCAUACUAGGACUCUGUUUUCAAGAAGUUUAACAGUGUGGACUAUGUAUUUUUCUGACUUUUACAGAUCAACCCAAAAGAACAUACAUGACAUGUGUUUUUGUUUUGUUUUGUUUCCAAAGAAUAUUUUGAUGCAGAUAAAAUAUUUUAUUAACUUUUGAUUUUUGUGUUUUUUUAAAAAAUACCUCUGCAUUGAGCAUAUUUUCUUACUUUUAUUGUUUUAAUGAAUGACACAAACAACCAUUUUAAUGAAUAAGUGUGUUUAUAGCCCAUAUGUAACAUGUGAAUUUCUUUUUCAUUUUCCUUGUUCAUUGCACUUUUUAUUUUUAUUAUAUAUUUUGACCAUACCUCAGAUAAUGUAAGUUUAGUUCUAUUGUACAUCUUAAAAUUUUUAAAAUUCUCUUCAGUACACCAAAGACUCAGCUUGAAUUUGUGUGUGUGUGGUGUGUGGGUGUGUGUGUGGACUCGUGCGUGUGUGCUUACACAAAUUCAUGGCACGUGGAAGUGUUCCCCUUUUGUGGCUGGGCUAUAAUGAGUUAGAAAUAAGGACAUUUUGAUGGAAUUAAUAGUUGGAGAUAAGGAGGAGGAUUAGAUGUACAAGUCUACUAAGUUUGCAGUAUUUAUUGAGAACUAAUUCUGCCCUGCCUUUAUUUCUCCUUUCAUCCACUCCCUGCCCUCAUUAUUGAGCAGCUGGAGGAAAACAUUUUAUUCUGUCCAUCAAGCAGACACUAUGAAACUAAAACACCUCUUCUAUGGCCCUCUGCCGUCCCCACUGUAUAGAUCCACGGGGAGCAACCCACUUACCGGAAGCACAGGGAGAGCUGAAAGAGAUAGAUCUUGUGACAGUUACCCAGUCCAGUCCCAUUGUCAAAAACACUCUGAUUACUCAGUACAACACCCUUUGAGUUUCCUAUCCUCAUGGAGACCAUUCCAGUGAAUAGAUUUUCUCUUUUAUAAGGAAAAUUUCUGAUGUAUAUUUUUUAAAAAAACAGCUGUGUGAUAUGGGGAACUUCUUUUGGGAAUUUGAUAAAUUGAAAAAUGGCAUAUAAUUGUCAAGCCAAAUAUUAAAUGUUGGGCAUAAAUCAGAAAAUUUGGCUUAAGGGAGUUUACAUUAUUUAUUUAUUUUUUAGGUAAUCAUUUUUAUGGAGUUCUAUGAUAUACAAGUGUUUAUCUUCCGAAAUAUUGCAAUACAAAGGUAUAGCUAAUGUUUAGAAGAAUGUCUUUUAUAGAAGGAGCAAGAGUUCAUAGGAGGUUUGUGCUUUCUUUGUAAGCAUGCUUCUUUUCUUUUAAAGAAUACUGAUAAUCUUUCUAAAAAACAAAGUAUACUUUAUUUUGGGUGGAAACUUGUCAAAAUUGAAUUUACUAUAAUUUAAGCAGCUUGCUUUGUUUUAAUAAAAACAAACUAUACCCACAUGUGCAUAAUAUAAAUAAUUAUAUACAAAAUCCAUCCAUCAAUUAAAACAUCAUGCAUAUACUCUAGUAUAGUGUUUUAUUAUAAAGCCAAUAAUUUAAUUUAACAUUCCCUCCAUUUAACUCAUGAUUUAAAAAAAUAUAAAAUGAAUUACCAAACUUUAUAUUAAAAUCUCCUGGGUUAAAUGAAACAAUGGAAAUUUGCAAACAAAGAUAUGUUUGUCUCUUAUCCAACUUCGAUAUCACUUUAUAUCACAGUAUAAAGCUAAAAAUAAUACUCUAGUUUAUUUCAAUGUAUUGUCAAGAAUUGUGCACUGUAUAUCAAGUUCUUAAUACACAUAAAAAUUAACAUUGUAGAGCAGGAGAACAGUAGACAAGAUGAUAUUAAUGAUGAUAAAUAACCAAGUAAAUUAAUGCAAGGCAUAUAUUGUAUUAGGCUAAUGUUGCUGAUAGUUUAUGUUAACUAAAAAAUAAUAGCUUAUCUUGUACCCCUAGUUUGAUUUAAUUAGUAAAUGAAGGUUAAAAUAAAAUAGCCACCACAUAUAUAUUAUGCAAGUCAGGACUCAUUAAUUUCCAAAUUUAGUGCCAAGCUAAAAAUUAAAAAAAAAAAAAACCUUUAAAUUAUACUUACCUUUAAUUUACUGGCCAUACACAAUUACAUUUAAUUAAAGCUCACUGAAGCAAAAAAUACCUAAAUUAAUUAAUUGAAUGAACUCAUUAUGUACAGAAAACAUGUAGAAAUAUAAUUCCUUACUAAUACCUAGAACUUUCUAAGGGAUCCUUACUUAUGUGGUUUUUGAUAUGUUUUUAAAGUAACUGGACCCAUCUAACAUCAAACAAAGAUAUUCAUCUAAAAAUGUCAAUGAAUUUUACAUUAAAAUUUAGGUACCUACUUUGCCUAAAAGAUAAAUGAGAGACACUUUCACACUUGAUGUUUCAAUUUAAUUAUAUUUAUAUUUAAGUUAUGAUAUUGUUUAUUUGGAACACCAGUAGAGGCAAGUAAGAUUUCUAAUAAGAUAUAUAACACUGUGGUUUUUAUAUCACAAAAUAUACAAUCACUUCCUUCUACUUAUUUGAGAGUGUGGAUAUAUAAAACUAACUUUGUUCUUUUAGCUGAGUUUUAGAGGCCUAGCAGUUCAAAAUCAUGUGACAAUAGAGGAUCCUAACAAAAGUUAUUUCCAGAUUUAAUAAUUAUAUCAUCUUAGAUGCAUUUCUUUCAUACGAUUGAAAAUAAAACCAUAAAUCUGAUUGAUACAUUUCUAUAAAACUGAUCUUGAAAUAAAAACCUGAACAAUUUUCUUACUUUAACAUUAUUUUAGUCUUCCAAAGGAGACAGUAACUAAGCUAUGACUUCCCACAUAUUCAAUAACAAAAUGAAAAUAUUGAAUUAAGCCAAAACUUGAAUUCUGGCCCCAUGUUUUCAUCUGUAGAAAGCUCCACAGUAAAUUUGAAAAAUAAAAGCAAUAUUAUAGAAAUGGCUGUAAUGGGAAAUAAACAAAAAUAACUUGUCAAAGGAAUUCUCCUUUAAGAUUUACUUUAUUGCUACACUUAAAUUUUAAUAAUGUAAAGACAAUUUUAAGCCAAUUGAUCUUUUAAAAUCUUUGAAAGAAAUUUUUAGAUAAAUGAACAUGUGCCAUGUUUUCUUUUUUUAGAAGUCAAUCCAAUUGCAAUGACCAGUGUUUGAAAUAAGAUUAUCAGAUGGUUAGGUGUCAAAGAAGUUACCUCCUACAUCUUAUUCUCUGGGAGGAAAGGGAGGAGAACCCAGCCUGAGCUGAGUCAGUGGGGGCAUUUUUACAUCUAAGAAUCAUAUACAACACUCAGACAUACCAUCAGACA